CCCAAAGGGAAAGUCACCAUCCCCGUCGCACGCGUCUGGCCAAUUCCCGCACCUCCACCACUCCGCCUCCCCUCUCCCAGAUCUCGCCGCGAUGGCGCCCGCCGCCGCGCGCCUCCUCCUCCUCCUCGCGGUCGCCGGGGUCCUCCUCCGACCCGCGGCGGCGGAGAUCAAGCAGGAGCUCUUCAAGGACGACUCCCGCCAGUCCAUCCUCUUCGAGAAGUUCGGCUUCUCGCCGCGCGGAUCGGUCUCCAUCGCCCUCACCGGCGCCAAGGCCGCCUCCAAGCUCGCCAAGCCCGACCCCACGCAGCUCGGCUUCUUCCUCCUCUCCGACGAGGCGCUCUUCGAGGCCAUCUACCAGCAGCCGCCGACCACGGAUCUGAACCCCAACCCGGACCCCAACACAGCCUGCGUCCUCUCCAGCCCCUACGUCAUCCCGCUCUUCACCUUCGCCGACCUCGACGCCGACGGCAACUACAACCGCACCUUCCCCAUCUCCCACCCCGACGAGUACAGCCUCUUCUUCACCAACUGCGCGCCCGAGACCGCCGUCACCAUGGAGGUACGCACCGACAUGUACAACACCAACCUCGACGGCACCAAGGACUACCUCUCCGUCGGCGAGGCCCCCGUGCCCUCGAUCUACGCCUUCUUCGCGCUCGGCUACGUCCUCUUCCUCGCCGCCUGGCUCUACCUCACCCUCUACCACAGCCGCCUCUCCGCGCACCGCAUCCACCACCUCAUGUCCUUCCUCCUCCUCGCCCGCAUGCUCUACUGCAUCUCCGCCGCCGAGGACCAGCACUACAUCCGCGUCGCCGGGUCCUCGCACGGCUGGGACGUCAUGUUCUACCUCUUCCAGCUCGUCAAGGGCGUGAUCCUCUUCGCCGUCAUCGCGCUCAUCGGCACCGGCUGGUCCUUCCUCAAGCCCUUCCUGCAGGACAAGGAGAAGAAGGUGCUCAUGGUGGUCAUCCCGUUGCAGGUUGCGGCCAACAUCGCCGCAGCCGUGGUUGGCGAGACCGGGCCGUUCCUGCAAGAGUGGGUAACAUGGAACCAGAUCUUCCUCUUUGUGGAUGUGGCCUGCUGCUGCGCGGUGCUAUUCCCGGUCGUGUGGUCGAUGCGCUCGCUGCGGGAGUCGUCCAAGACAGACGGCAAGGCUGCCCGCACCCUCGCCAAGCUCACCCUCUUCCGCCAGUUCUACGUCGUCGUCAUUGGGUACCUCUACUUCACUAGGAUCAUCGUGUAUGCGCUCAAGACUAUCACAAACUACAAGUACAGAUGGGUCAGCGUUGCCGCAGAGGAGGUGGCCACCAUGGCGUUCUACAUCUUCAUGUUCUACAUGUUCAAGCCGGCUGAGAGGAACCAGUACUUUGCUCUCGAUGAUGAUGAGGAGGAGGCUGCAGAAAUGGCACUUCGUGAGGAGGAGUUCGAGCUCUAGACUGUUUGUGUGCUGACGAUACAUGUUGAUGGGGAAUGCACCCCUACCUGUUCAAUUUCUACUCCUUGUGAUGUUGAUCAUACUAUACAGAUGCAAAAUUUAGCUUAUAUUUGUCUAAUGUAUUAUGGUAAAUCUUCACUUCUUUUGUA